AUGGAGAAAGAUUGUGGACAAGAACUGGCAAAGGCACAAUUGAGCACUUGCAAAAACCCUACUGUACACCCACCACCUUCACGCAAAAGAGGGAGACCAAGGAAGCAUUUGGAUAAUGAUGAUCCAUGGAGCAUACACAAUGCACCAAGGCGGUGGGAGCAAGCUCAAAGUCAAUCCACACCAACUGUCUCUCAAAGCCAAUCCACACAAAACCCUCAGCAUUCUAGUGCUCCUCCAGCAGCUAAUCCAAGUGGCACAGGCAAGGCUCGUGGACGUCCUCCUGGAGUUAAAAAUGGAGAAGGGAAAGGUCGUAGCAAAGCUCGUGGGAAGGGUCGUGGAAAAGGAUCAGAUGCUCCUAAGCCCCCUAUCUACUUUAUGUCUCCAUGGACUGACAAAGUCUUUGAUGUUUGGCAACCUAAAAAUAAAUAGGCUAGUAUUUUCUUAGGUUCUUAUUAACCUUGUAGGAUGAUGUUUUGGUGGGAUCUUUGGUUGUUUUUGGUCAGAUCCUUGUAUGUUUUAAACUAAACGGCUAAAAUGUUGGAUCAAUCGGAAUG